AUGGAGGUAGAAGCAGUGAUGGUUCGUCUGGAAGAAGAUUUCCAUUUUAUGGAUAAGGAAGAACCUGGCAAGGACGCUUCAGAGGACAUGACUCGGGAGUCACUAAUAGCCAUCUCUUACCCUGUGGCCGGGAAGGAUCUUGCCUUGGGACAUUCACCCGAAGAUUCAAACAUUGCAAAUGUGGUUGAAGGUAUAAAUGGUGAUGGCGAUGAGAAGUAUAGGUCUAAGCUGAUCUCAAUAUCCUAUCAACCGUCACCAGACAUCAAAGCCCUACCGGUUCGGCCCGGAGAACUUAAGGGUUAG